AUAAUAAUUAGCCUUACAAAAUUAAAUAUUGGAAAUAAUAAGUAGUUACUUAGAUUUUUAGUUUUUAUAAACAUCCUUAGAUAAUAUUCUAUAGAUAAAUCAGUCAUAUAAUAUAAAUUCUUUAAUAAAAUCAUGAAUACACUAGGUAGAUUAAAUUAAAAUGAUAUAAAAAUAUAAGCAAAUGGUGAUAUUUACUAUGAUUCCUCUAGGCGUACAUCUACAUUAAGUCCCUUAAGGAAAUCAAUAAGGGCCUCAUCAAAAGCUUAAUUUAGUAGCACAAAGCAAGAAAGAUGGUUACCAGAAAUUAAAAAAUUUAGUAAUACGGUGUCAACUCCUUAAUAAAGUACCUAGAUUCAAAAAAACAUGUCAAUACAGCCUUAAGUUUCUGUUUUUACUGAUGAAUUUGGUUCUUAUUAAAUAGAUAUGGACGAAAAAACAAUUAGUCAAUUUUUAGAUAUAUUCAGAACAUAUGAUGUUAAAAGAUCAGGAUACGUUGAAUAAAAGUAUCUUUAUGAAAUAUUAGCUUAGCUUUCUCUCUCAUCAAAAAAUAUUGAAAAGGUAUUUGCAUAAGAUGUUUUCUCUCGCCCAGGAUAUUUUAAUUUUGAAGAACUUUUAGAAAUUAUUACAGAGUUAGAAAUAGAUAAAAUAGAAUAAAUGAAUAAAGACUUAGCAGAUGAAGAUAAAAUUAUUAUAAAACCAGAUUAAAAAGUCAUUGAUCUUAUAAAGAAAUUAGAUAAUUAUAGAAAGCUUUAGGAGAAAGAAGGAAACUAUAAAGAGGCAUAUAGAGCACAUCUUAAAAUCCUCUAGCUUAGAAGUAACGAAUAAAACAAGCAAAUUGAUAAUCUUAGAUAUAUUUAAGAUGAUGAACUCCUUAAAGUUACAAAGUUAUAAUCUUAGUAACUUUAUGAAUUUGAUAGAGCUUGGGAAUAAUUUCUUAGGGAGUACGAUUAGACUUCCAAGGAUACUGUUGCAACUUUAGAAGAGAGGCACCAAUAAGAAUUAGAGUAAUAUUACUAGUAAGUGAAGUAAGAACUAGCUUUAAAAUAAAAAUUUUCUAAGCAUUUGCUUGAUUUAAGAUAUAAAGAGCAAAUGUUAGUUAAACUAAAAAACUAUCCAGAAGCAGAAAAAAUAAAAGUAAAAGCUGAUCAACUAGAAGAAAUAGAAAAACAACAGUAUGAAAUAUAGAUGUAAGAAACGGUAGAGAAUAAAGUAAAUACUUUAAGAAAAUAACAAGAAAUAGCUUUGUAGGGACUUGUACAUAAAAUAGAAUAAGAUAGAUAGUUAUAGCUAAAAUAAAGAGAUAUUGAUGCUUAAACUUUACUUACUAAAAAUAAAGCUUUGCUUCUAGAAUUAAAUAAUAAGCACAUUACAGAGACGAAAAAGGCAUAAAAUUUACUUAAAGAAAACAUGGUUUAUAAUGAUCAUCAAGAAUUAUUUAGAGUUAGAGAUCCAAACGACAAAUUGAUUUUCGAAAGAUAAGAGUAAAAUCUAGAUCGCUUUAAAAUAUAAAAUUAAAAUACGUUAAACAAAAUAAGAUCUUAAUCAACAUAGAGAAAUAGUCCUUACCCAUAAAGGUUAAAAACAGAUAAUGCACCUUAUCUUUUAUAAAUAAAUUAAUUAUUUGGUUCAGCAACUCCUAUUCCAGCUUCAAUUGUGAGAAAAACAUAAAGAAAUUAUAGAAAGGGAAGUACUUCAAAUAUAUCUUACAACUACUGA